AGCCCGCCGUCGAAGGGGGCCAACGUGCCCGCCACACGGACGGGCGCUGCAUUUCACGCUGGCGAUGGGCCCCUCAUCCUCUGCGGCCUCUCCAGUGUCCGCGCCAGCCGCGGCAGGACGGGCUGCUCGAAGGCGACCGUGUCCGCGGAUCCAUGCAGCGACUCCUCGUUCCCGCCGGCCGGGCGGGAGCUCGCCAAGAGGACGGCGCGCUCCAUCUCCUCCGACGUGAUGGUCGAGUACGUGGGCAGCAUGUUGGGCCGCAGCCCGGAGGAAGCAGUGUUCCAGGCGGGGGAGCCCGUCUCCAGGAGCAACGCCGCGCCCGAGCUGCUCGUCGUCAGGGGCCCAGGCUGGAGGUGGGGGGACGAGGACUCGGAGGAGGGAAGGUACACGUUGUUCAUCUCUAAUUCUUCGAAAGGUCUUUGGUUUUUGGGGGAAAUGAGGAAGGUUAGAAAUGAAUCGACUUGUACCGAUACUGCUACCCUUGCCCCGUUUCCGCCUCUUGGGGCCUCUUGGGGUGCACUCGUCGCCACAGCUGGAUUCGACUCGAAGCUCUGGCCAGAGCGCACCACGGGAUGGGUCUGGGGAGCAGCGGUAUCGGUAUCGGUAUCGAUCGGUUGUCCCAAGGAUGGAGGGGCAGGGAAGCCCGGCCGGAUCCUGUCGGUCGCGAAGGCUCGACGGAGAAAAACAUCAUUUACAUACAUUUUUGGAGCUCUGCGCGGAUUUCUGGGAUCGGCGCUGGACCCCCCUCGCGAAGCCUCUGGCGCCGCCCCUGUCGCAGUGCACGCGCCAGUGGUGGCAAUCCAAGAAAUCCGCGCGGAGCGCUGGAAGUCUAUGUUAAUGCCGUGUUUCUUUCCUCUAAAGACGACGGUCACAGUGCAUUGGCAGGCGACCGGUGUCGUGGAGAGCCACUACCGUUGUGGCACCGGAGCUGCAGUGUUCGGGAAUGACCGGGGCGACUUGUGCCUCGCCAAGGGCUUCGAGGGCCCCAGCCGCUCCAAGAUCAUGGCUGCCUUCAAGGGGUUCACCUCCUCGGCGCGGAACUCGCAGACGACAUUCGCCGACAGGGAGCAGACGGUGAUCAUCCUGGACUGGGACGAUACGCUGUUCCCCUCCACCUUUGUCAGGAGCGACAUGCGUAUGACUUUGGGCCUGCCGCUGCGGCACCAGAAGCUCUCCGAGCCGGUCAAGAGACAGGUGGCCCGCAGUCUCGCGGAGUGUGCGGCCAAGGCCGACAAGCUUCUGCGGCUGUGCGCCUCGUAUGGGAAUCUGGUGAUCGUCACGCUGGCCCGGGCCAACUGGGUCACCGACUGCUGCGGAUGCUUCUACCCAGGCAUUGGCGAGCUCCUGAGGCAGCUGAACGUGAAGAUAGUCUACGCUCAGGAGGGUGUAACCAUCGACCAGAAAAAGGUCCAGGCCAUGAACGUGCAGCAGUGCGAGAUGUUCUGGGGCGCGAUCAAGGGCAGGGCCAUCAGCGACGAGAUCAAGAGCUUCUAUUCCCAGUACGAGGGCCAGAGCUGGAAGAACAUAAUCUCCAUCGGCGACUCGAACUUCGAGAAGAUCGGCACGAUGACCGCCGCGGCAGACUACAUGCGAGAGAAUGGCAUCGAGGUCCCAGCCGACCUGGCGCACGUGGACGCCGCCGGCUCCAGCGUCGUCGCUUUCCAGGCGAGCACGGCGGCGACCGUGGUCGUUAAGGGCCACACCUUCCACGUCAGGACGAAGGUGGCGAAGAUGCUGGACGAGCCCACGGUGGACGAGCUGCAGGUCGGCCUCGAGCUCAUGCGCCAGUGGCUGCCGAUGAUGGUGAGGCACGACGGCGGGUUCAGCCUGAACCUUGCUGGCCUCGGCACCGGUGAGGACGCCCAGGAGAUCGAGAGGCAGCUGCGAGAGGGGCAGCGCUGCGUGGCCAGGCCGCUGGGCCCCCCUUGCCUGCUGGGCGCCUCGCCCGGCCCGGCCCGCUUCGCGGCCAAGGCGGCGCGGUGAGCCUGCGGCGGCCGGCCUCCUGCGCCAACGUGGUGCCCCAGGAGGGCGGAGGUCGGGGGCAGCAACAGUCUGCACCCGCCGGGCUGCUAGGGCCCUCGCGCGGCGCCCGCAGGGAUGAGAGGCUUGGCCAUACGCAGCCGCAGGCUUCCAUCCACCACUCCAGCACCACGGCCUGAGCCCGACCCUCUGCUUUCCUCGAUCCGCACUUCUCGCGGCGCCUCGGCGCCACUGCCAGGCUCUCGUGGGCCGUCGUUCCUCAUUAUCUGUGCAUGCUUGUUUUCACACGUUGAAAGGUUUGUGAGGUUUUAGGAAUAGGCUGUAAGCCUCUGGGAGG